AUGAUUGAGCCAACAGGGACACCGGAGCCAAAAAAGGGGAGGUGGCCAAAGCAUGACAGCGAUUUAUUAGAACAUUUGGUUGAGAAGUACGGAGAGAAUUGGAAAAGGAUCUCGACAGAGAUAGGAAAUCCAAUAUCGAGAGAUUCUUUAAUUCAUUAUUGUGCCAAAAAUUUGAGACGAGGUUCUAUUCGUGAUCUUAGCCUCAUCGACCUCACCGGAAAGUUCGCCAUCAAAAUAUGGGGGAUGGGGGCUAAGCACAGGUGA